UCGAUUCUUUUUCUGAUUCCUAAUCAAAUUUUAUCUUUUUCUAAUUUCUGUUUUUUAAAUGAUUAAUUGAAAAAAAAUAGCAAUUCCUUCUCAAAGGUUUCAUUGCUAGCGUUGAGAAAUGAUCGAGUGGAUCUCGUUUGUAUUAAAUGGAAACGGAAAAUGAUGAAGUUGUACAUAUCAACAGCAGGGAUAAAGAGGGUUACGAUAUCCAACUCGAUUGAAGGAAGUGGGAGUAAAGGAGGAGCUACGGUGGCAGCAACCAGUGCUGCGACCGCGCGUGGACGGCUAUCAAGCCGACCGCUGUUGCCGAUUCUCUUGGUAUUGGGGAUUGUUUUGCCUUUCCUUUUCGUUAGAGUUGCCUUCUUGGCUCUUGAAUCCGCUUCUUCGUCUUCUUGUUCUUCUCCCGUCGAAUGUAAAGGAUGGAGGCUUUUUAGCAGGGGUUACGUAUCUCAGAAACUCAGAGAAGAACUGGCAAGGGCACUAAUGGAAGUGAAAGAUAACAUUGUUGAGGGGACAACAGACGGUUCACUUGAAACAUUCAAUGACCUUGUGAAGGAGAUGACGUCAAAGCAGCAAGAUAUAAAGGCUUUUGCUUUCAAGACUAAGGCCAUGCUUUUAAAUAUGGAGCAGAAGGUCCAGUCAGCAAAGAAGCGUGAGUUAAUGUACUGGUAUUUAGCUUCAAGGGGUGUCCCAAAGAGCCUACAUUGCCUCUGCCUGAAAUUGGCAGAAGAGUAUGCUGUAAAUGCAAUGGCCCGCUCUCGUUUACCUCCACCCGAACAUGUUUCUCGCCUUGCCGACACAUCCUUUCACCAUAUUGUGCUUCUGACUGACAAUGUCUUGGCUGCCUCUGUUGUGAUAUCCUCUACGGUUGAGAAAGCUUCAAACCCUGAAAAAUUGGUGUUUCACAUUGUCACAGACAAGAAAACUUACACCCCAAUGCAUGCCUGGUUUGCGAUGUAUUCGCCAAAGUCAGCUGUAGUUGAAGUUAAGGGAUUACAUCAAUAUGAUUGGUCUCGGAAGGUGAACGUUGGGGUUAAGCAGAUGUUGGAAAUACAUCAAUUGAUUUGCAGUCAUUACUACAAUAAUCUGAAAGAAGAAGACUUUGAACAUGGGGGAGAGCAUCGAAAAGUUUUCGAGGCUUUUAACCCCGGCUGCCUGUCCCUUAUGGAUCAUCUUCGGAUUUAUAUCCCUGAACUGUUUCCGGAACUCGACAAGAUAGUAUUUUUGGAUGAUGAUGUUGUAGUACAGCAUGACAUUUCAUCUUUGUGGACAUUGGAUCUCAAUGGAAAAGCCAUUGGUGCUGUUGUCGAUUCAUGGUGUGGGGACAACUGCUGUCCAGGGAGGAAAUACAAGGACUACUUGAAUUUUUCGCACCCGAUGAUUUCAUCAAUCCUCGACCAAGAUCGUUGUGCAUGGCUCUCCGGUAUGAAUGUCUUUGACCUUGAAGCUUGGAGGAGGACCAACAUCACAUCUUCUUAUCAUAAAUGGUUGAAGCUUAGCCUCAAUUCAGGGUUCACUCUAUGGCAACCGGGAGUGCUUCCGCCAAAUUUACUUGCUUUCGAGGGACAUGUGCAUCCUAUUGAUCCUUUAUGGCAAGUGGCCGGAUUAGGCUAUCGUUCAUCAUCUGCUCAAGGACAUAUAUUGGAGGCUGCUGCUGUUUUACAUUUCACUGGCCCUGCCAAGCCAUGGCUCGAGAUCGGCUCUCCGGAACUACGAAGCCUAUGGAGCAGACAUGUAAAUUUAUCAAACAGCUUUAUUAGGAAAUGUAAGGUUUUGCAUUGGGGUUAGCGGACAAAGCUCCGACUUUUACACAUUUCAUGAAAAACGGCAAUAACGCAAUAAGGAAGCAAGCAGAGGGAAGAAGGUUUAGCCUUCAGCCUCUGCAUAUAGUAGGAAAUUGGUAACUGUCAUAUCCAUAAUAGAAAAUAGAUGAAGGCACCUCAUGAUGUAAGAUAUAG